GUGUCACUAUGGAGAAAAUAUUUUCUCUCAACAGGAGGGUGUGUAAAAUUACGUAACAACUUAUAAAGUUUCCACUUCGCUAUUUGCUUUCCUUUCGUUGCUUUUGCCCACUUCUUGUCAUCAUUCUUGAAUUGAACAACGACUUUAAACAAGAUUUCUCCCCAAAACUCAACGAUUCUCAACCGUUUGAAAGGCGUGACUGGACAAAGGGUGUGUUCGGUACGGGGAUUGUCCUGCAGCACUCUGAAACAACUUUCUCGUAAAUCUGGACUAAGAAGACUAACUAUGAAGGCAGUCUGCAGUGUGUUGCUCCUGCUCAUUCUGAUUCCCACCUGCUCUCAUGGUGGCAACAUCUUGGUCUUCCCUACUGAAGGAAGCCACUGGAUAAACAUGGAAAUUCUUCUUAAAGCUCUACACUCCAGGGGACACAAUGUAACUGUUGCACGAGCUAGCAAAACCUGGUACAUCAAGGAUAAUCCCUCAUAUUACAAGACUUUCGUAGUUCCAGUAGAAAAGAGCUUGGUAGAUGGAGAUUUUUUGAAAAAAAUUUUUUCUGAGUUUUUAAAACUUGAACGGGGGUCUUUACCUCUCGUCAGCUUUCUCAGAAUGACAAUAGGCCUGCUCGACAAAAUUGUUAAUGUUCAUAAUUCUGUGAGCUCAUUUGUCCCAGCUCUUCUAGAUAAUGUGGAGUUGAUGAGGACUUUAAAUGAGACCAAGUUUGACCUGGUUCUUACUGAUCCAUGCUGGGGUAAUGGGGCAAUAUUGGCCAAAUACAUGAAUCUCCCUUUGGUUUAUAACGUUCGCUGGUUAAUGCCUGAAGAAGCUCAUUUUGCCAUUGCUCCUUCACCAUUAUCCUACAUCCCUAUGACAGGAUCUGGCCUCACUGAUAAAAUGACUUUUUUUCAGAGAGUUAAAAACAUCAUUUUGUAUCUAUUGACUGACAUUCAAAGCAUGUUUGCGUCUAAGUUUGUAUACCAGCCACUUUGUGAAAAGUACCUUGGACCUGAUUGUGACUUUGAUCAGAUACAGAGUGAUGCAGACAUCUGGCUCAUGAGAACCGAUUUUGUCUUUGAUUACCCACGUCCCACAAUGCCUAAUGUUGUGUACAUGGGAGGGUUCCAUUGUAAGCCUCCAGAACCACUUCCUGAUCACAUGGAGGAGUUUGUGCAGAGUUCUGGAGAGCAUGGAGUCAUUAUCAUGUCCCUCUCAUCUUUUAUUAAUGAACUUCCAGAGGACCUUGCAGAUAGCAUUGCAGCAGCAUUUGCAAAGUUGCCACAAAAAAUCAUCUGGAGCUACAGAGGACCCAAACCAUCUACUCUGGGUAACAACACUUUGCAAGUUGACUGGAUGCCACAAAAAGACCUUUUAGGACAUCCUCAGGUAAAGUUAUUUGUGUCUCAAGGAGGAACAAAUGGAGUCCAGGAGGCCUUGUGUCAUGGUGUCCCAGUAGUGGGUUUUCCUCUGGUUUUUGACCAAUAUGACAAUCUGCUGCGCUUGCAAGAGAAAGGAGGAGCUAAAAUUCUUACACUGGGAACAGUGGACAAAGAUGACAACUUCCUGAAAGCUAUGCAAGAAGUUCUGAAUGAACCAUCCUACAGACAGAACAUGCAGAGACUCUCCAGGCUGCACAGAGAUCAGCCAAUAAAGCCAAUUGAUACUGCCCUAUUCUGGAUAGAAUACGUCAUUAGGCACAAAGGUGCUGGACAUCUGAAAGCUCAGUCCUACAGAAUGCCCUGGUAUGUUUACCACUCUGUAGACGUAGUCCUGUUCCUGACAGGAGCAGUGAUGCUCACGCUUUUAGCUACAGUCAUGUUUAUCAGGUGUUUAUGGAAAUCUGUGUGCAGACGUAAAGUUAAACUUGAAUAAUAUUUGUAUCCUUUAUGUGUAACAAUAUUGCCUGGGAAUAAAAGCAUGUUCAUUGAUCAAAGCAAUUGCUUUCAUAAUUUAAAGGUAUAUUCUGAACUUUGUUUUUGGAAUCAAAUUUCUGUUUCAGAAGAUUUUUAUACAAAUAAAUAGAUGUUUAUCUUUUAAUUGAGAUAGUAAAUUAAUAAAUUAUUUUAAACAUAUUUAGUCUGUCCUACUCUUGUGUUUGAUAGCAGAAUAUUAUAAAUUGCAGGAGGAGAGAAUUGAAAAAUGUCCUCCUUAUAAAUCAGAAGUUGUAUCUUGUAAUGUCAUACAAAACUUCACAAUGUCCUAUUUAUAAACUCUCAGAUUAAAUUAUUUAAAUCACUUUGCUGACUCAAUUUUUAGGAUAUUGUGAUCAGGCACUUUUGUCAGACUGAAAGAACCAGUUGGAAUAAUAAUUGUUAGGCAGGUUGUAAUCAUACUUCCUGCUAUAAGUGUUAUGUUUUCAUUAGCUGUCAUUGAAAAUAAUCACAAUGAAGAAAAAUAAAGACAAUGCAACUUCAA